CAUCUCCAAUGGUUUGGCAAAUUGAACUUGGCAAUAUUUGCAAUUUGCCAAGUCCCAAAAAUAUUUGCCAAGUCAAAUUAAAGCCCAUCUCCAACGGUUUGGCAAAUUGAACUUGGCAAAUCCUAAAAUUGUGGACCCACCUCAACUACCGGUGUUUUUUUUUCUCGCGACCUGGUCAGAUCGCGGCGUCCUUCUUGGCGCCCCUGCUGCCGCCGCCGCCAGGCUUCUCACGCGCCGUCCUUCUUGGUGCCCUUGCUGCUGCCGCUGCCAGCCUUCUCGCGCGCCGCUGUCGCCGGUUACCAAGUUCAAGAGACGUCAUGCCAUUCAAGAGAUCCCGUUUAGUACGGAGACAAUUGGAUGAUUCAUCAUCCGAUGACGACGACUACGUGAUAUCCUCAGCUACUCAAAUUCUGCAUUCGUUAUCGAAUGUCAAAAGAAGUCAUGGUGGGUCUGUCUUUGGACAUAGAAUUAUUAAUCGUGAUAGACAAGGCGGCCACAAUAGGAUGUAUCAAGAUUAUUUGGCUGUUAAUCCAACGUACAGCCCCGAAAUUUUCCGUCGCAGGUACAGGAUGUCUAGGCAACUUUUUCUACGAAUAAUGAAUGCUGUUGAAGCGCACGAUGAUUACUUUGUGCAGAAAAGGGAUGCGGCCAAUGUUCUUGGAUUGAGUUGCUUCCAAAAAGUCACAGCUGCAUUUCGUAUGCUCACUUAUGGGGUACCAGCUGAUGCUACAGAUGAGUACGUUCGCAUUGGCGAGAGUACUGUACUUGAGAGCCUACGUAGGUUUGUUACAGCAGUUGUUGAUAUAUUUGAAGAUGAAUACCUGAGAUAUCCCAAUGAGGCAGACACAACAAAAUUACUGGCACGCGGUGAACAAAGAGGAUUUCCUGGAAUGUUAGGGUCCAUUGAUUGUAUGCAUUGGGCGUGGAAGAGCUGUCCUUAUGAAAAACAAGGUCAGUACAAAGGGCAUAAGGACAAGCCCACUAUCAUUUUGGAGGCUGUUGCUUCGCAGGACCUUUGGAUAUGGCAUGCCUUCUUUGGAAUGCCUGGAUCACAUAAUGACAUCAAUGUUCUUCACCGAUCUCCUUUGUUUUCAAAUUUGGCGGAAGGUACAUCUCCACAGGUGAAUUAUACUAUUAAUGGCCAUGAGUAUGAUAUGGGAUAUUAUCUAGCAGAUGGUAUAUACCCCUCAUGGGCUACUUUAGUCCAGUCCAUCACUCUUCCUAUGGGCAACAAGAGAAAGUAUUUUGCGAAAGCGCAAGAAGCAGCAAGGAAGGAUGUGGAGAGAGCUUUUGGGGUUCUACAGUCCAGGUUCGCCAUUGUUCGAGGACCAACUCGCAUUUGGGACAAAGAGACAAUAGGAAUGAUCAUGAGAGCUUGUGUGAUCAUGCACAACAUGAUUGUUGAAGAUGAAGGGUUCUUGGACCCUAAUGAGCGCUUCGAUUACGGUGGUCGAAAUGUGGAACCUGCUCGUGGCAAGGCUACUCGUACACUUGAUGAAUUUAUUGAUGCACACAGAAGGAUCAGAGAUAAGGAAACACAUGUGCAGUUGAAAGAAGACCUCAUCGAGCAUCUAUGGAACCAUUACCCAGAUUUAUAUUAGACACAUAGGAUUUUUAGUUUCAUGUGACGAACAUGUUUUUUUUUAAAAGGUGUAAUAAACAAUAUUUUUGUUUAUUUUAUCGAGUGCAGUACCAUGUCCUACUCCCAUUCA